GAUAAAUAUUUAUUUUUAUUUUCUAUACAGUGACGGACGGACAUGCAAAACGCCCGUCGCAACGAGUUUUUCUGCUCUAAACGAAACAAAGGGGCUACGAAGAGAUUUGAUUUUUAAUGUGGCUUUUUAUUUUUAGAGCAGCCUGAUUCAUUAGCAGUAAAGGCGAUGUAUUAUUUAUGAAUUAACUAGAAGAGCUUCACUAGUUUCAAUUUUUUUUUUCUUAGUUUGAUUUAAGAGAACUCGAAGCAGACAGUGUUUCCUUUGCCAGAAACACAAUUUGUAAGGUUGUGUAAUUUUAUGUACUGUUCAUGAUAUAAGAUUCGCAACACAAUUGUGAAAUAUUGCUUAUUAUUUUGCCGCAACCACUGCCCAGACCCCGCUGCUAAAUAAGUAUUUUUUUUUUUAAAUAUAUUUUAAUAACAAGCAUUGCCAGCCGUUAAAAUGUCGAACAUUCCCAAUGAAGCAGUUGUCUUGAUAAAAGAAGUUAAGCCCGGGCUGAAAAAUUUAAAUAUCGUCUUUAUUGUACUGGAGACAGGUCGAGUUACCAAAACUAAAGAUGGGCACGAGGUGCGGUCGUGUAAAGUGGCAGACAAGAGUGGCAGCAUCACGAUAUCGGUGUGGGACGAGCUGGGGACACUGAUCCAGCCCGGGGACAUCAUUCGUCUCACCAGAGGUUACGCCUCCAUGUGGAAAGGCUGCUUAACAUUGUACACGGGACGAGGGGGAGACCUGCAGAAGAUCGGGGAGUUUUGCAUGGUGUACUCUGAGAUCCCCAACUUCAGUGAACCCAACCCAGACUUCCUGUCCCAGGUGUCCUUGCAGAACAAGAGUGCCAAAGGUGAGCAGAGGAGCAACUCUCCCACAAACAGCUCAAAUACAGGGAACGGCUCUCAGCAGUCGUACUCCACGAUGGGUGCAACCCCUGCCAACAGCCACCCACAGCACCCAGCACCAUCCUAUGGGUGGCCUGGCAGAACCAGCGGGCGUGGGCAGGGCAAUGGCAAUGGCAACGGCAACGUCCAGACAGCAGGGGGCAGCACUCCUGGGCACACGCAGCCCUCAGUCACAGUCAGCAACGGCAGAGACCCCCGCAGGACCAAAAGAUAACCUCUCUCCUGCUAGAGGAGACAGUGUUGACAGCCACCUCCCUGAAACAAACUGCUCACCCUACUUGAAUGCUGAAUGCACUUUUUUUUUUUUUUUUUUUUCUGUCCAUGGAACUGUGUAAAGUUUGUGUU